AUGGGGGCUGGGGCAAGCGCUGAGGAAAAACACUCCCGUGAGCUAGAGAAGAAGCUGAAGGAAGAUGCUGACAAGGAUGCCAGGACUGUCAAACUGCUGUUACUAGGUGCUGGAGAGUCAGGGAAAAGCACAAUUGUCAAACAGAUGAAAAUUAUCCACAAAGAUGGUUACUCGCUAGAAGAGUGCCUGGAGUUUAUUACUAUCAUCUACAGCAACACCUUGCAGUCGAUCAUGGCUAUUGUAAAAGCUAUGAACACGCUCAACAUUGGCUAUGGAGAUGCUGCCCAGCAGGAUAAUGCCAGGAAGCUGAUGCACUUAGCUGACACUAUUGAAGAGGGCACCAUGCCCAAGGAGCUGUCUGAUAUUAUCCUGCAGUUGUGGAAAGACACUGGCAUCCAAGCAUGCUUUGAUAGAGCUUCAGAAUACCAACUCAAUGACUCAGCUGGAUACUAUUUAAAUGAUUUGGAGAGAUUGAUCCAGCCUGGCUAUGUCCCCACUGAGCAGGAUGUACUACGGUCUCGAGUUAAGACAACUGGUAUCAUAGAAACCCAGUUUUCCUUCAAGGACCUCAAUUUCAGGAUGUUUGACGUAGGAGGCCAGCGCUCUGAGAGAAAGAAAUGGAUCCAUUGCUUUGAAGGUGUUACCUGCAUCAUCUUCAUCGCUGCUCUGAGUGCUUAUGACAUGGUGCUGGUGGAGGAUGACGAAGUGAACCGAAUGCACGAGAGUCUCCACUUGUUCAACAGUAUCUGCAACCACCGCUACUUCGCUACUACUUCCAUCGUACUCUUCCUCAACAAGAAAGAUGUCUUCCUUGAGAAGAUCAAGAAGGCCCAUUUAAGCAUGUGCUUCCCUGAAUAUGACGGACCAAACACGUAUGAAGACGCUGGUAACUACAUCAAGGUGCAGUUCUUGGACCUGAACAUGCGGCGAGACGUCAAAGAAAUCUACUCGCACAUGACUUGUGCUACAGACACCGAGAACGUCAAGUUUGUGUUCGAUGCCGUGACAGACAUUAUCAUCAAAGAAAACCUCAAGGACUGUGGUCUCUUUUAA